GUCGGAUCUGUUGGCAGCCGAUGCUGAUGACUACAGCGUGACUAGAUCACUCGAGGCAUACCUGCUGUGGUUAUUUGGGUACAUCAUGUUCAACAACUCACACGGGCACUGUGCGGAUAGGGUGCUUCUGCCCUACGCACAGGAGAUCGCCGAUGCAGAUGAGGAUGCCAUACCCUUAUAUAGUUGGGGUUCAGCGGUUCUUGCAUGCACAUAUCGUGGACUCUGCACGGCAUCACAGCAGAAUGAUAGGAAUGCUGUCCUAACGGGGUGCCCAAUUCUGCUACAGCUUUGGUCUUAUGAGAGGAUUGCUAUCGGUCGUCCCAUGAUUGACCAGUCACCGUACACGCCGGAUAUGUACAGUGACGCGGAGGACGACAGACCCACCAUGGGGACUCUCUGGUACUCUCGACAGAAAACAUGGGCACAUGUACAGACCUGGCGGUCUUAUCCUGAGUUUGUUGCCGAAUUUGAUCGAUUGACCCCAGAAGACAUUGUGUGGGAGCCAUACAGUCCUUCGGCUAUAGCCGCACGUGCACCGCUUGGGAUAUCUUCGGUGUGCACAAAGGACCAGGGCCUAUGGAUGACUACUGCAGCUUUGGUGUACGACGUUGCAGUUGAGGCCCACUGCCCGGAUAGAGUUAUGAGGCAGUUCGGUCGACGCCAGUCUUUCCCUGUGCCUUCAGUGUUGGAUCGUGUUUAG